UCCUGCCAGCCCAGGCGGCGCCUCGGCGGCGUGUGGGUGUUGCUGGCACGCUGACAGGCAACCUCUGGCUGCCCUGCCCUGCCACAGCUGUGACCCCAGCCUUCCAGGCCUGCUGGAGUGGGUGGAAGGGGGAGCUUCGUCCCAGCCUCUAACCCUGGGGCUGCCACAGGUGGGGGCUGUGGUGAGGAGAUGGCAGUCUCGGCCAGGCCAGGAAGGUGUCUGGUCCUUGCUGACCUGGUUUUCUGGCAGGUAGAUGGUGGGCAGGGCUGCCAGACUGUCUUUGGAAAGCCAGUAGGGUUCUUUCAUUAGGUUCCAAGAUAGGGCAUUCAAACUGGCCCAGGAUGGACCUGCCUCUUACCCUUGGGGGUUCUCCAUGGGAAUGGGGGACAGGAGUUAGCACCAUCUGCGUGUAGGAGGCGGGUCAAGGCCAGCCUGGCUCCGCCCUGUGCCAGGGCCAAGGCCUCAAAUACCAGCCGGGCUCUGAUGUCAGAACUGUUCGCCCCAGUCGGGUCAGUGUAGUCCUGGCUGUGUCACCACAACAGAUUCCCAGCCCCGAAGGCUGAGACCCUAGUGGGACCAGAAGCCCCGAGGCUUGGCACCACCUCAUCAGCAAGCCAGGUGAGUUGGGUAGGGUCAGGCCAGGAGACCUUCUGUUAGCAGUUGGGCAAGGUCAGGGGACUGAGAGCUGGGCCACGCUCCCAGGAGAGUGCAGGGGAGAAUCCACAAUCCAGACAGGGUGGGCGCCUGGGCUUGCUGGCGGCUCUGACCCCAGGUGCCAGCUCCCUGGCUGCCUCCCUCCUACUCCUGGUCCACUUGUCUGGGUUAUGGGCAGGGCCAUGACCCUGCUGGCCCUGCUCUGGGCACUGGGGUCUGUCCAAGCUGCGGCUCUGCGCAUCGGGGCCUUCAACAUCCAGAGUUUCGGGGACAGCAAAGUGUCUGACCCGGCCUGCGGCAGCGUCAUUGCACAGAUCCUGGCUGGGUACGAUGUGGUGCUGGUGCAGGAGGUGCGAGACCCGGACUUGAGCGCCGUGUCCGUGCUCAUGGAGCAGAUUAACAGUGUGUCCAAGCAUGAGUAUGACUUCGUGAGCAGCAAGCCCCUGGGUCGGGACCAGUACAGGGAGAUGUACCUGUUUGUCUACAGGAAAGACGCGGUGUCUGUAGUGGACACAUACCAGUACCCAGACCCAGAGGAUGCCUUCAGCCGGGAACCCUUCGUGGUCAAGUUCUCUACACCCCACUCUGGUGAGGCCUCCCGCCUUCUGACUUGGGGCAAGCAGCUGACGCCCCGGGCCCUACCCCAGCCCCCGCUGACAGCCCCACUCCCCACAGCUGCCCGGGAGUUGGUACUGAUCCCACUGCACGCUGCACCACACCAGGCCGUGGCCGAGAUCGAUGCUCUCUACGACGUGUAUCUAGAUGUGAUUGACAAGUGGGGCACUGACGACAUGCUGUUCCUGGGCGACUUCAAUGCCGACUGCAGCUACGUGCGGGCGCAGGACUGGGCCUCCAUCCGGCUGCGCAGCAGCGAGGUCUUCAAGUGGCUCAUCCCGGACAGCGCUGACACCACCGUGGGCAACUCGGACUGCGCCUACGACCGCAUUGUGGUGUGUGGCACGCGCCUGCGCAGGAGCAUCAAGCCCCAGUCGGCUGCCGUGCACGACUUCCAGGAGGAGUUCGGCCUGGACCAGACUCAGGCUCUGGCCGUCAGUGACCACUUUCCUGUGGAGGUGACCCUCAAGUUCCACUGAGAGCUCUAGGCCUGGCCAGGGCAUGCCCCCUGUAGACUCUGGCCAUGGGGGGCAAGGGCAGUUGGGUGUGGAAGGCUACAGGACCAUGAGGAUCUCUGAGCUCCUCAUUCAUGGGCACCUGCCUCCCAGGGUGGCUGGGAAUGGUCUACCAUGCCCACCAUGAGGGCCAAGAGGAGCACUCAGGGCCAGUGCCAGUCAGGCCUCCUGGGCCUCUUGGGGCAGGCACAAGCUGAGGUGCAGCCCAGCAUGUGGGUGUGCCCAAUCCCUUUGGGGAUGGGCCGGCCUGCCCACCUCCUUCCUGGGGCAGAAGCUGCUGGGCGUGGCAGGUCGGCUUCCUGGACCAUCGCGAGUUUUGGACUUGU